ACUCGCGCGGGCUCGGCUUGGCAUCGGCAUGUGGAGGCUGGACGUAAGGUGGACAGGAAGGUGUUGAGGAGGCUGGUUCGAUAUAGGCUUCGCCCGGAGGAGGCCGAGGUCAGUUAGAUUCUAACGUGGUUUUGAAGGCUGAAGACGUCAUUGCUUUAACAUUUAGUGGAGGGUCUCAACAGCAACUUUACUAUGGCAGGGUUCCUGGAUAAUUUUCGCUGGCCAGAAUUUGAAUGUAUUGAUUGGGGAGAAAGCAGAAAUACCGUCGCAUCUAUAGUUGCUGGAAUGUUGUUCUUCACAGGUUGGUGGAUAAUAAUAGAUGCUGCAGUUGUUUACCCAACAAAUGAAGAUAUGAAUCAUGCUUUUCACACAUGUGGAGUCAUGUCAACCAUAGCUUUUUUCAUGAUAAAUGCUGUGUCUAAUGGGCAGGUCCGAGGUGAUGGAUACAGUGAAGGCUGUUUGGGAAGAAUAGGUGCGAGAAUCUGGCUUUUCAUUGGCUUCAUGCUAAUGUUUGGAUCUCUCAUAGCAUCCAUGUGGAUCCUAUUUGGGGCAUACGUUGUACCAAAGGCUAAUGUGUAUCCAGGCCUGGCUGUUUUCUUUCAAAAUGCACUAAUAUUUUUUAGCAGCCUGAUCUAUAAAUUUGGGAGAACAGAAGAACUUUGGGCAUAAAAGCUGUUCCAUUUCAGCACUGAGAUAACUCAGGAUAUUCUGCACUUAAACAAAAACUGCAAAUACAAAUUGCUUUGUACUUUUGGCCAAAUAGUAAUUUAAGUAACUUUAGUGAUAUCUACAAAAUAAUUCUUGGAAAAAAUCAUCAUUUUAUUUUGUUAACAUCUAUGCUUAGAAAUUCAUCCCCCAUGGCUAGAUGAAACACUAAUAUUGUACAGCCAGCACAUUGUAGUUUGGCUUCAAAAUUCAUUCCAUUGAAAUCAAUGGAAUGAAUUAUACAAUGCCGAGAUGCUAGAAUACAGCAUGUUUGGUGCUGUUGUCUGGGGAUGAAUUUCUGGGCCUUUAAUUUUGUAAUUUGAUAACUGCGCUCUGAAUAAUUGUAAUGAGUCGUAUUAACAGCGAAUGAUGCACUGUUUGAGCUGAUAACUGUAAUAUGACCUCAUCAAGUUCUUUGAAGAAAACAUGGAUUUUAUGUCUGAUGUGUUUAUUAUUAUUGCUGCUUUGCAUUUUUUAAAGAGAUCUGCAAUGUAAACUUCAGAUUUAGGCAAAAUAUUUGUAGAAAUGAAUGCCUGUUGUAUUAUUUUAAAUUUUAACAGCCAUAAAGGCAAUUAUUAAAUCAGAAUGUUUGCUUCAACUUCUAUUAGAUGUCUGAAGAAGGAAUGCCACUAUUAAAUAACAGCGUUACUUUUAUUUUCUCAUGAGGAUAUUUAUGAAAUAAACCUUGUGUUAUA